AUGGAACCACACCGGAUUUCGCAAUUUAUAACCCCAUCUCUAACUUUUCCAGCGGAUUCCCUCACCACAUCAGAUUCGUUGUGUGCUGUCUUCAAGCUAAAUGCACUCAGACGUUUGAGUUAUGCUCUGGGCACGUACGAGCUGAAUAAAUUGCACAGUUAUAUGGCGGAAAUUACCCAGAUAGGAGAUACCCAAACCACCAGCUACGUUUAUCUGAGUCGGAAAUUGAACAUGAUGAACGACCUGAUCCCCGAGCUGGACAGGACGAGACGAGCGGCUUGGGAAGCGUAUAGGAACAUCGAGGAUGUGGUAAAGAAGACUAAGAACACCCAGCUCCGUGGCCACCUUUUCAAUACCACCGUACUUCUUGUUUUGACCUAUGCCUUGGAAACCUGGGCACUUCGCAAGCAGGAGAACGCGAUGAGCGUUAUUGAAAGCACAGUUGAGAGAGUGAUGCAAGGAGUAUCCAGCUUCACGCAGUCCCACGUUAUUGAAGUCACGGGUGGGAUUUGA